AUGAUGAUACCAGGCAAGGAGUGCAAGCUCCCCCUCGAGGCCGCCGUCUUCACCGCACAUGCUGCCCUCCGCGCUCAGGACUUUGGCGUCCACCGCGUCGAGCUCAACGCGCCCGGCUCCUAUCCCCACGGUGGCCUCACACCCCCCGUCAGCCAGUACCUCGCCUGCAAGGACGCCCGGAUCGAGGUGCCCCUACGCAUCAUGAUCCGCCCCCGCAGCGCCCCCGCCGACGGCGGCAUGGACUUCUUCUACACGCCCGACGAGGUCGAGCAGAUGGAGCGCAGCAUCGCCGCGUUCAAGGCCGCCGGUCGCAUGGACCCUUAUCGGGGGGACGGCUUCGUCUUUGGCGCCCUGCGACACGCCGGUCCCGACGACACCGCCCUCGACCCAACGGCCCGCGUCGCCGUCGACACCGACGUCUGUGCCCGCCUCGUCCAGGCCGCCCGGCCCUAUGGCUGCUGCUUCCACAGGGCCUUUGACCACAUCGCCGACUACGACGAUGAGCUGACCCUCAAGGGCAUCAAGGACGUCGCCGCGUGCGGCUUUAAGUGCGUCCUCACCGCCGGCGGCACCGUGGGCCCGUAUACCAGCCACCUCCAGAAGCUCGACUACAUGGCCACCAAGAUCACCCAGCGGAGCGAGCUGGGCGACAUCGAGCUCGUCGUCGGCGGUGGCCUGCGCGGCGCAAACGUCGCCGCCGCUGUGCAGAAGCUCGGCAUGCACACCAACGGCCGCGUCUGGACGCACUCGGCCGCGGUCACUGACCGCCGCGUCGGCGACGACCACUUUGACGAGAUUGAGCUCAUGGACAUUGUGUCGAUGCUCUCCCAGGCGGCCGUGCAUUAG